AUGAGACUGUCAAAACGCUCUGGACACGAAACGAGACAAUCAAAACGCUCUGGACACGAAACGAGACAAUCAAGAUAUGAGACAAUCAAAACGCUCUGGACACGAAAUGAGACAAUCAAAACGCUCUGGACACGAAAUGAGACAAUGAAAACGCUCUGGACACGAAAUGAGACAGUAAAAACGCUCUGGACACGAAACGAGACACCGACCGAGGCCCCCGCAGACCUGCGCGUGUCGAAGGUGGACAGCACCACCGCGACCCUCCACUGGACGCCCGUGGAGCCCGGCUCUGUCCGGGGGGAGUUCAAGGAGUACCGGCUGUACUACUGGCGUGAGAACAGUCUGGUUCCAGGUCUGACGGUCAGCAAAGAGACGAAGACCAAAGGCUUCUACUCCACCGUGGCGUCUCCCUCCGCGCUGCUCAGCGACCUGAACGGUCAGGGCAGUGGGCUGGACGGCGGCCAUUACCGGGUUUACGUCAACGGCACGCUGGAGAUCCGCCGCGCGCGUCCGGAGGACGAGGGAACCUACACCUGCGUGGCCAGCAGCAUCCUGGGGAAGGCCGAGAACCAGGUCCGGCUGGAGGUCAAAGAGACGCACAAAGACCCACACAGACACACACAGACGCACAAAGACCCACAGAGACACAGCAGCAUCCUGGGGAAGGCCGAGAACCAGGUCCAGCUGGAGGUCAAAGUGCACCAGUCGGUGGUCCGGGGCUCCACCGCCCGGCUGGACUGUAAGGUGAAGGCCGACCCCAGCCUGCCCGUCUCCCUGGAUUGGACCAAGGACGACAACCCCCUCAGCCUGGGCUGGAGGCUGAAGAAGAGCGAGGACGGGCUCACCAUCCCCAACGUGAACGAGGGGGACGAGGGGAAGUACACGUGCACGGUCCGGUCCGAGAUCGACCAGGACUCGGCCUCCGCCCGCCUCACCGUACCUAACACGGUGAGGCGGGCGGAGGCCGAGUCCUGGUCGAUCUCGGACCGGACCGUGCACGUGUACUUCCCCUCGUCCCCCUCGUUCACGUUGGGGAUGGUGAGCCCGUCCUCGCUCUUCUUCAGCCUGGAAACACACGGAAAACAUCCCGAUGUUCAGCCGUUUGCAACAGAGUUCAUAACUUUUAUCGUUCAGUCCAGGGAGACGGGCAGGCUGGGGUCGGCCUUCACCUUACAGUCCAGCCGGGCGGUGGAGCCCCGGACCACCGACUGGUGCACGGGGGCCUGCACGAUCCGG